GUGGUAGUUAGCUCAGACUCUGGGCCACGCAGUCGCUUAAGUGGUCCCUUGUGUGACAAGCUGAUAGCAGGAGGGGAUAUUAGUGUUUAGAAGGAAAUUGUCACAGGGAUAAAGGGGGCGGGGCCUGAGACAGGCUGAGUGGCUUGCAUCCCUGGUGCCAGCCAGCUCACAAAUCAUGUGCCUACAGUAGAGGAUGUUGUAGGCCCCCCCUGUUCCCUGGGCCGUUUGCUCCGGCAGGGCCUCCUGUCCUGUGGGCUUCUUCACCUCCGUGACUACUACCAACCUCUUCAGGAACAGGAAACUGAAUCUUCCUCUCCAGUUCAGUGGCCAGAUUCAGUAGCUUCUCCGUGAGAUGCAGCCAAAACCCGGUUGGGGCUCUUCCGUUGCCCUGAGGCCCUGCUAGAAACAGGAGUCGACUUGGCACUUGCUGGGAGGAAAAAGCCACUAAAUCAGGGUGGUCACCCGACACUCAGUCUGACUUGGCAGAAACCACAAGGGCCACUCAGUGGUCUUUCUACCAGGAAACCAGACAGGGUACCAUGGACUUCUCGAUGACCUUGGCUGAGGCUUAACUGCUGACCAAUUCUGAGCCCGGCUAGCAGCCAGCGAGGACGCGCGUCGCCUUCCCGCCCUCCUCCCAGGAGAGCCCAGCCUGAGCCGGCACCUGCUUCACCACCAUGUUCAAGGGGCUGAGCAAAGGCUCCCAGGGGAAGGGGUCCCCCAAGGGCUCCCCAGUCAAGGGGUCCCCCAAGGGCUCCCCCAACAAGCACAAUCGAGCUGCAACCCAGGAACUGGCCCUGCUCAUCUCCCGCAUGCAAGCCAACGCUGACCAGGUGGAGAGGGACAUUUUGGAGACUCAGAAGAGAUUGCAACAAGACCGGCAGAAUGGUGAGCAGAACCAGGCUUUGCAGCACCAGCAGGAGACCGGCCGCAGCCUGAAGGAGGCCGAGGUGCUGCUCAAGGAUCUUUUCCUGGAUGUGGACAAGGCCCGGCGGCUCAAGCAUCCUCAGGCUGAGGAGAUUGAGAAGGACAUCAAGCAACUGCACGAACGGGUGACCCAGGAGUGUGCGGAGUACCGCUCCCUGUAUGAGAAGAUGGUAUUGCCGCCGGAUGUGGGGCCCAGGGUUGACUGGGCGCGUGUGUUGGAGCAGAAACAGAAGCUGGUCUCUGAGGGCCAGUAUGGGCCUGGGAUGGCAGAGCUGGAACAGCAGGUGGCCGAGCAUAACAUCCUGCAGAGAGAGAUCGAGGCUUACGGGCAGCAGCUCCGGACCCUGGUGGGGCCGGAUGCAGCCACCAUCAGGAACCAGUACCGUGACCUACUGAAGGCGGCCUCCUGGCGCCGACAGAGCCUGGGCAGCUUGUACACACACCUGCAGGGCUGCACCCGGCAGCUGAGCGCCCUGGCGGAGCAGCAAGGCCGCAUCCUGCAGCAGGAUUGGAGCGACCUCAUGCCUGACCCCACUGGUGUGAGGCGCGAGUACGAGCACUUUAAGCAGCACGAACUGCUGGCCCAGGAGCAGAGUAUUAACCAGCUGGAGGAUGACGCAGAGCGCAUGAUGGAACUCGGGCACCCAGCCAUCCGGCCCAUCCAGGUCCACCAGGAGGCCCUCAAAAUGGAGUGGCAGAAUUUCCUGAACCUUUGCAUCUGCCAGGAGAGCCAGCUACAGCGUGUGGAGGACUACCGCAAGUUUCAGGAAGAGGCAGACUCGGUCAACCAGACCCUGGCAAAGCUCAACUCCAACCUGAACACCAAGUACGGCCACGUCACUGGGGACGCCUCUGGCUCCGCCACAGAGCUCCUGCUGCAGCUGGAGGCAGAGGAGAAGCAGCUGGCCAUGACGGAGAGGGCCAUUGGGGAGCUGCAGCAGCAAAGCCGGAAGGUGACCCCACUGCCGCUGCGUAGGAACCCUCCCAAGCAGGCCCUGCACGUGGACAGCAUCUGUGACUGGGACUCGGGAGAAGUGCAGCUGCUUCGGGGAGAGCAGUACACUCUCAAGGACAAUGCUGACCCGUAUACAUGGGUGGUCCAGGGCCCUGGGGGAGAGACCAAGAGCGCCCCUGCUGCCUGCCUCUGUAUCCCUGCACCAGACCCGGAAGCUGUAGCAACGGCCUCCAGACUGGGCGUAGAGCUGCAGACCCUGAAGCAGAAAGUGUCUACGGUGAAGAGCCGCCUUAAGGCCACUGUGGCGGAGCCGUUACAGCCUGGUCAGCAGGCUCCAGCAGGCUCAGCCCCAGCUGACCCCCAGGCUCAGAAACUCCUGACACGAAUGACGCAGCUGGACGGGGACCUGGGGACCAUCGAGAAACAGGUGCUGACCUGGGCUCGGACACCGCUGAACCGAUCUGCUCCACUGGCAGACCUGGAGGACCGCAUCCGCAGCCAUGAGGCCACGGCACAGCACCUUCAGAGCCUGGGAGCCGAAAAGGAAGCAGCCCAGCAGGAGUGUGAGGCCUUUCUGUCUACGAAGCCUGUGGGCCCAGCGGCCCUGCAGCUGCCCGUGGUCCUCAACAAUGUCAAGAAUAAGGGCAACGACGUGCGGACUCUGUGCUGCCUCUACGGGGAGAAAGCCAAAGCUGCUCUGGGCCUGGAGCAGCAGAUCCGGGAGGCAGACAGGGUCAUCCGAGGCUUUGAGGCUGCCCUGGCGCAGGAGGGCCCCAUCCCCGAAGGCUCUGCGGCACUGCAGGAGAGAGUCGGUGAGCUGCAGCACCAGCGGAAAGAGCUCCUCCAGCAACAGGCCUGUGUGCUGGGGCUGCACCGCCGGCUGAAGGCUGCCGAGCACGCGUGCGGUGCCCUGCAGAGCAACUUCGGAGAGUUCUGCCAGGACCUGCCGAGCCAGCAGCGCCGGGUACGCAGCCUCACUGACCGCUACCACGCCGUGGGGGACCAGCUGGAUUGGAGGGAGAAGACCCUACAAGAUGCCAGGCUCACCUACCAGCAGCUCACAAAUGUCAGGGACAACCUGAGUUCCUGGCUGGAGCAGCUGCCCCACAACCAGGUGCAGCCCAGCGAUGGGCCCAGCCAGAUCGCCUACAAGCUGCAGGCUCAGAAGAGGCUGAUGCAAGAAAUCCUGGGACGUGCGCAGGACCGGGCCACAGUGUCCCGCCUCACCCGGGACCUGCAGGAAGCUCUCCAGGACUACAAGCUGCAAGCAGAUACCUACCGCUGCUCCUUGGAGCCCACCCUGGCAAUGUCUGCCCCUAAGAGAGUCCGAGUGAUUUCCCUGCAGGACAGCGUCCAGGCUCAGGAGAAGAGCAUUGCCAAGGCUUACACGGAGAUGGCUGCAGCCCAGCAGCAGCAGCUGUACCAGUUGGAGUUUGCUAAAAAGAUGCACGAGAAGGAGCUUAGCGAGGACGUCCGAGUGACACACAGAGCAAGACAGGGCUCUGGGAGCCCAGCCCAAGCAGGGGCAGAGUCAGAGGCCUUGAAAUCCCAGCUAGAGGAAGAGAGGAGGCGGGUGGCUGAGGUACAGCGGGAGCUGGAGGAGCAGAGGCAGCAGCUGCUGCAGCUGAGGACCCAGCGGCCCGUGGCGAGGCUGGAGGAGAAGGAAGUGGUGGAGUUCUACCGGGACCCCCAGCUGGAGAGUGAGGCGGCCGGAGUGUCGGCCCAGGUGGAGGAGGAGGGCAAGAGGCGGGCCCGCCUGCAGGCCGAGCUGGAGGUGGUAGCCCAGAACGUCGUCCGCUUGGAGGGCAAGAGGAAGGCCAUGCAGCCUCACCUGCUGACCAAGGAGGUCACCCAAAUUGAGAGGGACCCUGGCCUCGACAGCCAGGCCACCCAGCUGCAAGGCGAGAUGCACCAGCUGCGUGGGAAGAACGCCGCCCUGGCGACCCGGCUGGAGGAACUGAAGGAUGAGCUGCUCGCCUUGGAGCAGAAGGAGACGAGCGUGAAGGAGAGGGUGGUGGUGAGGGAGGUGGUGAAAGUGGAGAAGGAUCUGGAAAUGGUUAAGGCGGCCCAGGCUCUGCGGCUACAGAUUGAGGAAGAUGUUGCACGCAGGAAGGGGGCGGAGGAGGCGGUUGCUAAGAUACAGGCUCGCAUCCAAGACCUGGAGAAGGUGAUCAGCUCGGUGGAGCCCAAGGUCAUUGUGAAGGAGGUGAAGACGGUGGAGCAGGACCCUGGCCUCCUCAAGGAAGCCUCCAGGCUGAGAAGCCUCCUGGAGGAGGAGAAGAACAAGAAUGUCGUGCUGGCCAGGGAGCUGCAGGGCCUGCAGGACAAGUACAGCGUGGUGGAGAAGCAGAGACCCAAGGUGCAGCUGCAGGAGCGCGUCAGCGAGAUCUUCCAGGUGCACCCCGAAACGGAGCGAGAGAUCGCACGACUCCGGGCUCAGCUGCAGGAGACGGGCGACAAGAGGCGCGGCGUGGAAAAGGAGGUGGAGAGGCUGCUGCCCGAGCUGGAGGUCCUGCGGGCCCGGAAGCCCGUGGUGGAGUGCAAGGAGGUGACCCGGGAGGUGGUGAGGCACGAGAAGAGCCCGGAGGUGCUCCGUGAGAUCGACCGCCUCAAGGCUCAACUCAAUGAGCUCGUUAACACCAGCGGGCGCUGCCAGGAGCAGCUCAUCCGGCUGCAGGGCGAGCGUGACGAGUGGAAGCGGGAACGGUCCAAGGUGGAGACCAAGAUGGUGAGCAGAGAAGUCGUGAGGCAGGAGAAAGACCCGGUGCUGGAGAAAGAGGCCGAGAGGCUCCGGCAGGAGGUGCGGGAGGCGGCCCAGAAGAGGCGAGCGGCUGAGGACGCGGUCCACGAGCUGCGGAACAAGUUCCUGCUGCUGGAGAGGCGGCGGCCCGAGGAGCAGAUCGUGGUGCAGGAGGUGAUGGUCACCCAGAAGGAUCCAAGGUUGCACGAGGAGCACAGCCGGCUGAGCCAGAGCUUAGACGAGGAGGUGGGGCGGCGGCGGCAGCUGGAGCUGGAGGUACAGCAGCUGCGAGCCGGCGUGGAGGAGGAGGAGGCCCUGCUCAGCUUCGAGGAGGACCGCGGCAAGAAGCUGGCGGCCGAGAAGGAGCUGCGGCAGCUGACCCUGAGGAUCCAGGAGCUGGAGAAGCGGCCCCCUGCCCUGCAGGAGAAGAUCAUCAUGGAGGAAGUGGUCAAGUUAGAGAAAGACCCGGAUCUGGAGAGGUCCGCAGGAGCCCUGAGGCGGGAGCUGGACCAGGAGAAGAGCCGGGUGAUGGAGCUGCACCGCCAGUGCAAGGGCCUGCAGGUGCAGGUUGACCUCCUCCAGAAAACGAAAUCCCAGGAGAAGACCAUCUACAAGGAAGUCAUCAGGGUGGAGAAGGACCCCGUGCUGGAGGGGGAGAGGGCCCGGGUGUGGGAGACCCUCAGUCGGGAGCGCACAGCCCGCCAGGCCCGGGAGGACGAGGUCCGGAGCUUGCGGGAGCGGAUUGACCGCGCUGAGGCUCUGAGGAGGUCCUGGUCCCGUGAGGAGGCCGAACUCCAGAAGGCCCGGGACCAGGCGAGCCAGGACUGUGGGCGGCUGCGGCAAGAGCUGGGAGAGCUGGAGCGGCAGAAGCAGCAGAGGGCCGAGCAGCUGCUGGAGGAGGGGAGGCUGCUGAGCCAGAAGACGGAGAGCGAGCGCCAGAAGGCAGCCCAGCGUGGCCAGGCCCUCUCGCAGCUCGAGGCAGCCAUUCUCCACGAGAAGGACAAGAUCUACGAGAAGGAGAGGACCCUCAGGGACCUGCACACCAAGGUGAGCCGGGAGGAGCUCAGCCAGGAAACGCAGACCCGGGAGACCAACCUUUCUACCAAGAUCUGCAUCUUGGAACCGGAGACCGGCAAUGACAUGUCUCCCUACGAGGCCUACAAGAGGGGCAUCAUCGACAGAGGCCAGUACCUCCAGCUGCAGGAGCUGGAGUGUGACUGGGAAGAGGUGACCACCUCCAGCCCCUGCGGGGAGGAGUCUGUGCUCUUGGACCGCAAGAGCGGGAAGCAGUACUCCAUCGAGGCCGCCCUCCGCUGCCGCCGCAUUUCCAAGGAGGAGUACCACAGGUACAAGGAUGGCCGCCUCCCCAUCUCCGAGUUUGCCCUGCUUGUGGCAGGGGAGACCAAGCCCUGUUCCUCACUCUCCAUCGGGUCCAUCAUCUCCAGGUCCCCAGUCUGCUCCCCAGGCCCCCAGAGUGGCGGUUUCUUCUCCCCAGGCCUCUCUUUCGGGCUCACUGAUGACUGCUUCCCCAUCGCUGGGGUUUAUGACACAACCACACAAAGCAAGUGUAGCAUCAAGGCAGCGGUGGCCAAGAACAUGCUGGACCCCAUCACUGGGCAGAAGCUGCUGGAGGCCCAGGCAGCCACAGGGGGCAUCGUGGACCUUCUCAGCCGAGAGCGAUUCUCCGUGCACAAGGCGGUGGAGCGGGGACUCAUUGAGAACACCUCCACGCAACGGCUACUCAAUGCUCAGAAGGCCUUCACCGGCAUCGAGGACCCGGUCACCAAGAAGAGGCUGUCAGUAGGCGAGGCCAUCCAGAAGGGCUGGAUGCCCCAGGAAAGUGUGCUCCCCCAUCUGCUGGUGCAGCACCUGACCGGGGGUCUCAUUGACCCCAAGAGGACGGGACGCAUCCCUGUCCCUCAGGCUGUGCUCUGCGGGAUGAUCAGUGAAGACCUGGGCCAGCUUCUGCAAGAUGAAUCGGGCUACGAGAAGGAUCUGACAGACCCCAUCACCAAGGAGCGGCUGAGCUACAGGGAGGCCAUGGGGCGCUGCCGCAAAGACCCACUAAGUGGCCUGCUGCUUCUCCCGGCCGUGCUGGAAGGCUACCGGUGCUACCGCGCCGCCUCCCCCACCCUGCCACGAUCCUGCGUGCGUUAAUGAGGGCUACGCACAGGGGAAGGGUGUGUGCCCAGGCAGUGGGCCCCCCUCUGUCCAUCCGCCUCUUACUACUCAAACAUUCGUGGUGUUGGGCUCUGUCCCCAAACUCGGGGAGCUCCAUUGUUUCCCUGAACCCCCACCCCCCCUUCUAAUAAAUGAAUUGUAUUGGC